AUGCAUGAUCAAGUGCGAGACCUCGGAAGGGAAAUUGUACGUCAAGAGAACAAAGAACCCUGCGAGCGUAGUAGAGUGUGGAAUCAUGAGGAUGCCUUGAAUAUUCUGAAGCAAAAAGAGGUAUAGAAAGAGUAUAGCAAUUUAAUUUCAUGUGAAUUGUUGCAGAUUAUUGUUGCAAAAGGACAAUUUGAUUGCUAUGAGCGCUUGCAAUUGUUUGAUUUUGACCAUUACACGUGGACUUCUUGGUGUUUCCAUUCUCAGGGAAGUAAGAAAAUAGAAGCUCUUUCACUUGGAUCUCGAAGAUUCUUUUAUGAAGACAUCAUUCUAAAGGCUGAUGAAUAUGCUGCUUUACAAAACCUGCGGUUCUCGCGUGGGGUGUCCUUUGUUGGAGAUUUCGAUAAUCUUUUCUCCCGUUUAAGAUGGAUUUCUUGUUCCAUGUUUGAGACAAAAAACUUUCAUCCAACUAAUUUGGUCGUUCUUGACUUUUCAUGGAGCAAAAUUUUGGGAGAAAGUAUUGAUUGGAUCAAAGCGACAAGAAAACUAAAAGUCCUAGAUCUCAGCAACUGUAAAAACUUAAGGAGAACACCCGAUUUAUCUACACUGGUGUUCUUGGAGAUUUUGAGAUUACGUGGUUGUGGGCAGAUAAAGAAACUUCCGAACUCGAUUGGGAAAUUACAAUCAUUAAUCGAGUUGGAUUUGUUAGGAACAAGUAUUGAUCACCUACCGGAUUCAUUUAGCAAUCUAAAGCAACUAACAACACUUAGGAUGAGGGACAUUAAGGGAGGGUUGACAAAAUUACCUAGUGCGAUCUGGUUUGUUCAGUCAGUGACUGGUCCUUUUUGGUCCAACGGAAGUAGGCAGUCCUGUUUGAAAAUGCCAGACUUGUCAGGGACCCAAAUAUCCGGAUUACCCACUGUGGCGAAUCUUGUCUCUAAUAUCCGUGAACUUGAGAUAGCUGCACAGGAGAGCAGACGGUUAGGGAAUCCGACGUGGACCCCUCUUGGUGAGCUGGAGAAUGUCAUUGUUUUAUCCUGUGGACCCGAUCGUACCCGAUCUCAGAUGGAAAAACAAAUAUUGGCCACCCCAAACAUGCGGUUCCUCCUCCAGCUCCCGUCUAGUUUGAGAGACUCAAUAUUUCGAGAACUGGCGAACUCACCUUUUCUAUAUUUUUGUUCAACUUGUUGGUGGAUGCCGAUAUUCGUUGGUAUAUGUGAUUCGGAGUUGGAGAAACUCCUUCUGCAGGAUUGCCCGCUUUCAAGACAGCUCUACCCUUUUUGCAGAAAAUGAAAGGAUUCCGGUUCGAAAAAAAAUUCGAUACGUCCUCCAUAGCGGCCACCCCACAAUAGCACUUGAGCCGUCACAUAUGAAGAAUCUGCAAGAGGUAGAUCUGUUCGAAUGCGAGCUACUAGUCGAGAUUCGCGGCCUCGAAGAAUUGGGAUCCCUUUCAUCCCUUGCGGUCGCAUAUUGUAGGUCGAUCGAAAGGAUGCCAGACCUGUCGAAAUUGUGGAAGCUAAGGGAGCUUUGAGUAGGAAAAUGUCUGAAUCUAAGAAGCAUGGAAGGUUUGGACCACUUGGAAUCUCUAAAGUGUUUGCGGAUUCACGAUUGCAGGUCGUUGGAGAGUUUGGUGGACACCUCGAAUUUGGAUUUAGAAUGUUGCCUAAUUGUCCGUUGCAAGUGGUUGCCCGACCGUCGCAAUUAUUGUAAACGUGGCCGGGGUUGCUAUUGUGAGAUGCUUUUCGAGGGUUAUGGAAAUCUGACCUGAUGGAAGUCCAGCAAGUAUUACAGGGACACCCGGAUGUUGCGCCAGUAAGGAAUUUAGAACAUGACUUGGUUGUGGUGCUUGGUGUAGCCAUUUUGUUUGUUUUGUUGUUGUUUUGUUUUUUUGUUCUAUGAAAAAGGCUUUCUCCCGGACAAAUAUUGAUGAUGAAGCUAAGGAAGUGAACAAGGCACGCUCAUACGAUGCCAAAACAUUGUCCAAUUUUGAUCAGCUUUUGAACAUA